AUGGAUUCUGUUAUACAUGUACACAAACUACUUGAUCAAUUUUCAUGUGGAAAUGACCAUGCUUUGAAGGUAAGGAAACCUUAUACUAUCACAAAGCAGAGAGAGAAAUGGACAGAUGAAGAACAUAAGAAGUUUCUUGAAGCUUUAAAGUUGUAUGGUCGAGCAUGGCGAAAAAUCGAAGAACAUGUUGGCACAAAGACUGCUGUGCAGAUUCGAAGUCAUGCUCAGAAGUUUUUUUCUAAGAUCAAUCGAGACACUAAUGGGAACGAUACAACAUUGGUGGAGUCAAUUGAAAUUCCACCUCCACGACCGAAGCGGAAGCCGAUUCAUCCUUACCCUCGUAAACUAGUAGAGAUCCCGAAGAAUGAAAUCUCCAACUUGGAACAGCCACUGAGGUCUAAUUCCCCCGCGUCAUUAGAUUUUGGUCAAGAAAGUAACUCGCCCAAGUCAGUACUAUCUGCAGUUGCUUCAGAAACACUCGGUUUCUCGGAUUCGGAUUACCCAACUAGAAGUUUGUCCCCUGUCUCAUCCGUUAGUGCUGUCCAAACCUGUAGCUUUCCACUUCUUGAGACCAAAUCUUCAUCAUCUGAGGAAGAUAUGUCUCUACAAAUAGAUGAACUGAAUGCUGAUUCAGCACAUGAUGAACAACUUAUAAUGAAACCAGAGCUUUUCUCUAAAGAAUGUGUCGUUACCAACGACGAAACAACAGAAGAAUCACCUUGUCGAACUCUCAAACUUUUUGGAGCAACUCUACUUGUAAAAGAUACCUGCCAUCCUUCUACAUCAACGAGUGCAUCCAUACCGAUACCUACUGAGCAUCAUACGCAGCAACUGAAGCGUGGAAAUUCAGAUAUUGGUGUUGCAACUGUUGUUCCUUGGUGGACUCUUUCUCAGAAUUCAGCCUCCAACAAGGAAAAAGAGGGGAAACAUCGACAUUCAAAUCAUGGAGAAUGUGAGGAUAAAGAAAUUCAAAAGGAAGGAUCUUCUUCCGCUGGUUCUAAUAAUACUAGUUUGAUCAAUGAUGGAGAAAGCAAUGAAAGAUCGGAAGAUCAAGCCAAAAGUGAUCAUGUGCAGUACCUUGUUGGCCAAAGUGAAACAGUGAGACUUAGAACAUUUGGAAAAGGGUUUGUGCCAUAUAAAAGAUGCAUGGCAGAAAGAGAAAGCCAGUGUUCAACAGUAAGAGAUGAGAGGAGGGAACAUCAACGUAUAAGGCUUUCUUUAUAG